AUGGCGAGUGACAGCAGAGGAUGUAGAUUACUCUCAGACUUAAACAGUGCAUUUAGACGAGAUCCAGACAUAGAUGAGUAUGACUUCCUUCCAGUUCCAGAACCCAAACACAACAGGAGUCCCCUAGUUUUACAGGAACACAAGUUAGGGAUGGAAUCAUGGAGUAUCAAGAUUCUUUUUCAGUAUGCUUAUUAUCGACUCAUUUCUUGGAGGAAAAACUCACCACAAACAAAAUUUAUAGAUCCAAGUGAACUAUGCAGUAUAACCAGAGCCAUAUUGUUAGUAAAUGCUGAUUGUGCUACAGCUUGGAACACUAGGAAGGAGCUGGUAGAUAAUGCAGAACUUUCUGUCACAGAGGAUCUAAAGUUUGGAGCUCUUAUUCUGAAGAAGCAUCCAAAGAGCCCAGAAACAUUUUCUCACAGAAAGUGGUUACUUCAUAGAUUUGUAGACAACUAUUUGGCCUCAAGCGUAGGUAGUAAUGCUAGCACAGGAAGCAAUGCUUGUGAUAAAUUUGUAAAUAUGGAUGCCAUUGAUGUAAAUAUGGAUGCUUCACUCAAUGGACUAUGUGAAGAGAAUGGCCCUGAACUCAUUAAUCAACCUGAUUACAGUGAACAAAUUAGAAGAGAACUGAGUAUAUGUAAAAUUGCUGCAGAUAACCAUCCAUGUAAUUACAAUGCUUGGAGUCAUGCAAUCUGGGUGUUGCAGCAUUGUUUAAAUUGUUCUUUACAGGUUGUCUGUGGUGAGCUUCAUUCAACAGAAGAUUGGAUAAAGAAACAUGUCUCAGAUCACAGUGGAUUACAUUACAGACAAUUCUUACUGAAGUGUUUAUCCCAACAGGCAGAGAAACUAUCUGAACAAUACUUACUGAAUUACAGGAACACUAUUCAAAAGGAAAUGCACCUGAUCUCAGAUCUAAUUAAAUGUUAUCCAGGUCAUGAAGCACUUUGGUACCAUAGGAGGUAUGUAUUUCAAGCUUUAUGUGAGUCAUGUGACAAAGGUUUUAAGGAACCCAAUCAACUCAGUGACCAGUUACUGGAAAAUCAACAAAAGAAAACCAAAUUUGAAAAUGAGAGACAAGUCUUGCUGAUAAAUGAAGUGGAUACAGUGUCGACCACUGACCUCCUAGGUCGAGACAAAUACAACCAACAGUUAGCUCAGAAAUACCUGGACUGGAUUCAGACCUACUGCAGGAGAUGAAUAUUUACUUAUUUUAAUAAUUCACUUUUUAUCUAAUUUAUUUGAUUAUUCAUUUAAUUUUGUUAUCUUUAAAAUAAUGAAGAACAGUGAUGUAAACCUAUGAUAUAUCACAGCAUUUUGUCAUUUGUUUACCUCUUGUAGUCCCUCAGUUAAUGUUCAAAAUGCCACUCCUUCCUCGUGUAAGACCAAAUUCAUGCAGUCAGAUUUUGUUUACAAGUAAAGAAUACCAAGAUAUAUACAAUCAGUUGAUGGAAUUUAAAAUUCAACAAUCUUGUUGCCAUAGUUUCUGAUAUUUGAAAUAUAUGUAAAGACUUUUUGAAAAAUGCUACUCCUCCUGAAAGUUUGUCAAAUUUCUAAGGAGCUGUACUUACUUGUUUUAAUUGAGCUGUGGGACAUAGAGGUCAUUGUUUCAGAUGUAACUGUACUAACUGAGUCCCUGCACUUAUAAAAUUUUGAAAAUUUUCAGCUUAUAUACAACUGUUGAACUAAUUUUACUUUAUAAAGGAACAUACCUCUUGAA